UGUCCUUUUUACUUAGAAAUUAGAGCCAUCUACAAAAUGCAAAUCCAAUAACAAAAAGCAUUUAAUCAGAUCAAGACCAACGAAUCCUCCAAAAUUACGCUACUGUUUGAAAAACUAAGUCCAACUUCCACGAACGAAGGAAAACAUAAGUAUAGAUUAUAUCGUUUUCUUAAUACUUUGAGCAUCCACAAAUACUAAUAACCAUGCUGCUAGACGAACUGGUGCUGUUGGAUCAGUGGGCUAGCCCAUUCGCCUUGAGGGUCAACAUUGCACUUCAAGAAAAAGGCAUAACAAAUUAUAAAUCCCAACAUGAAAAUUUGCAUGCCAAAAGCUCACUUCUUUUAGAGAUGAACCCGGUUCAUAAGCAAGUUCCGGUUUUAAUACAUAAUGGAAAACCGAUUUGCGAGUCACUCGUAAUCUUGGAGUACAUUGAUGAAGUUUGGAAUGACAAGCCUCGUAACUUGUUGCCUGCUGAUCCUUAUGAGAGGGCUGGAGCUCGGUUUUUGGCUGAUUAUUUCGAUAAUACGUUUAGCACCUUUGUUACCAAGAUAUGGACUCAAAAAGAAGUAAUUGAGCAUGAUGAAAAGAAGGAUUUCAUAAAUUUCCUAAUGUUGUUCGAAGAAAAGCUUGCAGACAAGCCUUAUUUUGGCGGAAACAAUUUUGGAUAUUUGGACGUCGCACUAAUUCCAAAUUAUGGUUAUAUUUGCACCUAUGGGAUGUUCACUAAAUUGAACAUAUCAGUUGAAUGUCCAAAACUUAAUGCAUGGGCUAAGAGAUGCAUGGAGAGGGAUAGUGUGAAAAAGUAUGUACCAAAUGAGCUCAAAAUCAAUGAAUAUGUUCUUGAAAUAAGGAAGAGACUCCUUGGAAUAAAUAGAUAGAGGAUUGGCAUACAAAUUAAACUUGAAUCCUGAUAUCAUUGUGUGAUUGUUUGUAUUAUAUACUAUUUUGUAUAAUUGUAUUAGUAUUUUGUUUUGUCUUUUUUUUUUUCACCGUCCAAAUGAACUGAUGAUAUAUAUCUGCUUUGUUGUC